AGAUCGACGGGAAAGCAGAAGCCAUGGACAGAUCAGAAAGAAAGCAUAGAUCUCGAAGUCGAGAUCGAAGAAGAUCAAAAAGCCGGGAUCGAAAGUCAUAUAAGCACAGGAGCAAAAGUCGGGACAGAGAACAAGAUAGAAAAUCCAAGGAGAAAGAAAAAAGGGGAUCUGAUGAUAAAAAAAGUAGUGUGAAGUCCGGUAGUCGAGAAAAACAAAGUGAAGACACAAACAUUGAAUCGAAGGAAAGUGACACUAAGAAUGAGGUCAAUGGGACCAGUGAAGACAUUAAAUCUGAAGUGCAGCGUAAGUAUGCACAGAUGAAGAUGGAACUAAGCCGAGUAAGAAGACUUACAAAAGCAUCUUCUGAAGGAAAAGACAGUGUAGUCCUGCAAAACAUUUUGAGGACUACUGUUCGAAGACUUUUGGAUGAAUACUGAAAACGACAUAAAGUGAAGAUCGACAUUAAAUGAGGUGAAAGAAAGCUUAUAGUGGCAUAGAAAAAGUAUAAAGCUCAGUUAGUAUUUUUUUUUUUUAUUAAAAAUUAAUUCAGGACUGAUGUGACCUACCAGAUUUCAGAACAUGUGUUAAUAGUAUAUAUGCCACUGAAAACUUAGGUCAUGUAUCAUAUUUUUUCUUUAAGACUUUUUAAGAAAUAUUACCUAAACAUGUGGCUUGCUAAGUGUUUAAUUGCAAGUUUUCAUUCUUGGACUUUGAAAACAGGAUAAAACAUUAGUAUUUGUUUGAAUCAGCCUAAGUGGGAUUCCAUUUUUACAACUCUGCUAUACUUAGCCUUUGGAAUUAGAAGUAAAAAUAAAGUAUCUCUGCUUUCUGUUACAAAGUUGAUUGUCUCUGUCAUUGAAAAGUUUUAGUAUUAAUCUUUUUCUAAUAAAGUUAUUGACUCUGAA